AUGUCAAUCCUAACGAAUGUCAUUGUGAACAACAAGUACCAGCUUGUGAAGAAAGUUGGUUCCGGAUCCUACGGGAUUGUUUACAGUGCAAGACACUUAAGCUCCAACACCAACAAACUCUACGCUAUUAAAUUAAUUCUCAAGGAUCACCCAUCCAUGAAGAAAUCAAAGCAUAAAGCUACGAAGCAGAAGGACACAAAGUAUUUGAUUGAAAGAUUCGAACAAGAUUUGCAUGAUAUAGCUCUUAACAACAACGGUUUAAUAUCCGCAAAUUUGUUGGAUCUGGAUUUAAUCAAAGAGAAGGGACACAACUGUAAAAUCUUGAAAGAGAUUUCUAUUCAAUUAAAAGUUCAUAAGCAUCCCAACAUUUUAAGCAUAUAUAGGGUCUACGACAAUCAGAUUUCCCUGAUUGUUGUGAUGGAUUACUAUCCCGAAGGAGAUUUAUUUGCUGCUAUUGUCACAAAACAAUUGUACAAGAAUGAUCCAAAGUUAAUCAAAGAUGUGUUUUUACAACUGAUCGAUGCUCUUAGUUACUGUCACGCACAGCGAGUCUAUCAUUGUGAUCUAAAACCAGAGAAUGUAUUGGUCGCAAAUAAUGGUACCAAGAUGAUUUUGGCUGACUUUGGCCUCUCCUUGACGAGCAGCUUCAUUGACAGUAAUAUUUGUUUGGGUUCCUCGUUUUAUAUGGCCCCUGAAAGGAUACAAAACUUCAAUAAUGGAUUUGAUGAUUUGCAUAAUCUCACCGAUAAGCAUGGUGGGAUCGUUAAAUUCCCAACAAGUGCCGGAGAUGUCUGGUCACUUAUAGUUAUUCUCAUCAAUUUUAUCUCUAUCAGAAAUCCCUGGGCAAAGGCAUCUUUGGACGAUAUAACGUUCAAAAGCUAUCUCAAAGACUACAAAGUUUUGAUGAAAAUUUUACCCAUAUCAAAGGACUGUUGCAAGAUGUUAAGUCGGUAUCUUGUUUUAGAUCCUUGGAAGAGGGGUUCGUUACUCCAACUGCGGUAUGACUUCUUGAAACUGAACCAUUUAUCUAAAGAAGGUCCUUUGUCGAUAAGUUGUGGUGUUGAUGUCUCAGAAUCAAUGAUGUGCCAAAUUCCAGUCGAUCACACCAUGUCUUUAAGUGAUGAGGAUAUACAGAUAAGCCAGAGGACUUCGAGUAGUUCAACUCUCGAGAUUGAAACUGAAGAGCAGGAUCCGUUUCUUUUGAAAAGUGAAGUUUCCAGUAUCUGUAGAUGGAACUUGAAAUACCCGUAUGCUCUUUAUAAUUAA